AGAGGCUGCCAAGUGGCAGCUUCUCAUUAGCUGGCGGUCCAGGAGCCGUGAAUGACGCACAGCCGGCGCCAGGUUCAAAGUGCCGUCUCUCCCCCCCUCCGCCGCUGCCACAGCCGCCAGAGUGUGACUGAGCCGCGGGUUGUAACGCCCGAUCCCACCCCCCCACCCCCCGCAGCCGCCGGAGUUAACUGUUAACUGACGCUGAGCAGCGGCCAGUAAUGCCCAUGCCCACUCCCCAUCUCCCUGCCAGCGCAGCAGCUUAAAUUCCACCCUACCCCUAAGCUUAGUGACCCGCGGCCUGUAAUGCCCUCCCCACCUCCACCGGAGCACUGUCUGCAAGUGAAUGAUGGUCCGAGGCCCUAUCCUAACCGUGGCACACCCCUGGGCGUCUGGCAGGAGAGUCAACUCGCCCUCCACAUGAAGACCUCCAGAAUCAGGCUAUCAACCUGCAGCUAUCUGAAUAGAUAAAGCUUGAUCUUUGCACCUGGGAACUGAGAGCAGGACAGAAGAAGAUAUAAUACUAUAUAGUAGACUGGUGUGAUCCUAACAUCCCUACUUGGCUAUUCCCCACCUUGUGAAUCUGGUAACUCAGAUUACGAAGAGCUCAAAAAGGAAGCAUUUGUAUGAAAAAAGAGGAAUCAGCAACUUCAUGCACACACGGAGGACCUUCCAAAUAGUGAUCAGCAGUGGAAAAUGUCUGAGAAGUGCAUUGAUUAUAAGGGAAUACGCUUUCCUCAUUUGUCAACCAGUGUAGAAGGUCUCACAUUUUUGGAAAAUGAAUUUCAAGCCCAGGAUAAUGACCUCUUUAAUAUCACGUAUCCAAAAUCAGGUACUACAUGGAUGAUUGAAAUCUUAAGCCUUAUCCAUAACAAUGGUGACCCAACAUGGAACAAAACUGUCCCCAACUGGGGCAGGAUACCAUGGUUAGAAUCUCCUGGCACUGUUCAAAGAGUGAAAACAAAUGCAGACCGUCCACAUCUUUUUACCAGUCAUUUGCAAAGAAAACUUUUAAAGAAAGCAUUAUCUGGUUCUAAGGCUAAGGUCAUAUAUACAAUCAGAGAGCCUAAGGAUGUUGUGGUUUCUCUUUUAUAUUUUGCCAAAAUGAGCGUGUUCUAUGAAGAACCAGAAACUUUUGAUCAGUUUCUUAAAGAUUAUUUAUCAGGAGCCUUGCCCUAUGGAUCUUGGUUUGAUCAUGUCAAGGGAUGGAUGGAAAUGUUGGGGAAAGAAAAUUUUAUGUUCCAGACGUAUAAUGAUCUUCAGAUGGACCUGCGGGGUAGUGUGGUAAAGCUUUGCAAAUUUCUUGGAAAGGAGUUAGAUGAAAGAGCUCUGGAUUCUGUGGUUGAAAAUGCUUCUUUCCAGAAUAUGAAAGAAAACAAAAUGGCUAAUUUUACUCUUCUCCAGGAUAUUUACAUGGACCAUGAGAAAAGUCCAUUUAUUAGAAAAGGAAUAAUUGGAGAUUGGAAGAAUCAUUUUACUGUGGAUCAAGUUGAUUACUUUAAGAAUAUAUACAAGAAAGAAAUGCAAAAUUUUAAUGUAGUGUUUCCCUGGGAUACGAUUUUAUAAAAGUAUUUCUUAAAAAAUAAUUUUUGGUAAAGUGUUUUCAAAUUUGUUGUAUUAGUUGGCAUGAUAUUAGUUUAACAAAAAAAAAUCACAAAAAUAUGAUCUGGCAUUUUGACAUUUAACUUAUUAGUAGAAAAUGAGGCUUUUGUCGACAUCAAUGUGAGGUGCAAUAAUAAAGGAAAUGACAAUUGUGUAAUAUUUGGUGUUUUAGUGUUCUAGAAAU